AUGGCGGAACAGGAGACGGCGAGGGCGGCCGUCUGGGCGCCGCUGGAGGAUCUGGCCGGAGUGGAGAUGAUGGCGUCGCGGGUGUUGGCUCCGGCGCCCUUCGCGGGGAUGGUGAUGGCGUCACUGGAGAAGGCGGAGACGGCACUGGUGGCACUGGCGUUACGGGAGAAGGCGGCGACGGCACUGGCGGUGGCACUGGCGUCACGGGAUCAGGCGGCGACGGCAAUGGUGGCACUGGCGUCACAGGAGAAGGCGGCGACGGCAAUGGAGGUGGCACUGGCGUCACCGGAGAAGGCGGCGAAGGCAAUGGUGGUGCUGGUGUUGACGGAGAUGGAGGAGGGUGGCGGUGAUGGCGUUAGUGGCGCUGGCGUCACUGGAGGCGACGGCGUGGGCGUUGGUGCAGGCGCCGGUGGCGGCGAUGGCGGUGGCAUUGGAGGCGCCGGAGCGGUUGUUGAUGGUGAAGGCGGCAUGAUCGGAGGGGACGGCGUGGGCGUUGUUGGUGGCGCAGGGAUCACUGGCGCCGAUGGAGGAGGGAGUACUGGCGGAGACGGCGUCGGUGUUGAUGGCGCAGGCAACGGCGGUGGCAUCACCGGCGGGGGUGUCCCCGGUGGAGAUGGGGGCGGUGCUGACGGCGUGGGCGGCGCCACUGGUGCAGGCGGAGAAGGUAUUGGUGGCAGCGGUGGUAUAGAAGGUAACGCCGGUGGAGCAGCUGGUGUCGCCGGUGGCUGCGGCGUAGGAGGAAACGCCGGUGGCUGCGGUAUAGGAGGAGACGCCGGUGGUGCCGCUGGUGUCGCCGGUGGCUGCGGCGUAGGAGGAGACGCCACCGGCGGCGGAGCAGCAGGCGUCACUGGUGAUUGCGGGGGAGGAGCCGGCGGAGCAGAUGGUGUUGGUUGCGGGGGUGGAGUAGAUGGCGCCGGCGGGUCAGCUGGUGGUGCCGGUGGAGGGGAAGACGGCGGCGGAUCAGUUGGUGCCGCUGGCGCCAGCGGUGGAGGUGAAAGUACCGGCGGAGCAGAUGGAGUUGCAGGCGGCAGCACGGGUGGCGAGGGAAGCGGCGGGGCGGGAGGCGAAGAAGCCGGAGGAUCAGGCGGCGGAAACACUGGCGGCAAAGGUGCCGCCGGUGGGCCAGCAGGAGGAGAAACAGCCGGCGGAGCAACCGGGGUCGGCGGCGGCUGCGGACCUACUGGCGCCUGCAGUGGUGGUGGAGCGGCCGGCGGCACCGUGGGUGAUGGAAGCGACGGGGCGGCUGCAGCGGACGUGGUCGACGGCUCUGGAAUGCUUGGAGAAGGAGGCGACCGGGCUGGGGCUGCAGGAGUAGUAGUAGUAGUAGAUGGAGGCGAAGUAUUGGACGGCGGGGCCGACAUGGCGGCGCCUGCGCGGCCACUGCGCCCCGUCACGCGUCGCCGUGGGAGGGGCGGGCGAGGAGAUCCCGUAGAUUCCGUUCGCUUUUAA